GGCAUCACUGGAGAUGAUGGUUCUGCUUGUUUUGCUCCUGGUCAUGAUCCUGCCAUGGGUGGAGACCAAUGUCACCGUGUCUGGAAGACAAAAUGCACUGAGGUGUCACGUUUGUGAGAAGGAAAACAGUUUUGAUUGUGUAGGAGCAACAAACUGCAGCGUGGACAUUCCGUAUUGUGCUGUUGCUGCUGUGAGAAUAUUUCCACGGUUCUACUAUGUUUCCAAGCAGUGCGCAAAGUAUUGUGGGAUAAUCGGUCCACAAUCGUGGAUGGCCAAGUCGUUCGUGCUUGUCAAGCCCACGCCCUUCCUGUACUUAGCGUGCUGUAGUCAUGACCUGUGCAACACCCAGAAACCCGUCAUCAAAGAGAACACAGAAGAGAAAUACAAAGAGGUGCGGUCAGCAGGGGAGGGCAGCGGUGCGGGGCUGGUGACACUGGCCGCCGGGCUCCUGGGCCUCAGGCUGCAGACGGCUGGAACCUGUUGCGUUAAACUUGUUUUCCAUUGA